GCGUAAAAACAUAAAUAAAUAGUUACAACUAAUAAAAGUAUGGAUCUGAACAUGAAACCUUCUCUGGCUGCCGACGAAAUGUUUUCCGAGGGCCCUGGCUACAUGGAAAUGGACGAGUCCGGCGGAGCCACAGGAAUGAUGUUGGACCACCUGCCCUCGAACGACAAGCACGUCCACGCCGACUUUUACAAUGAUUUCGACGAUCUGUUCGAUGACGACAACUGGGCCAAGAUGAAAUCCGAUGCCAAACAGUAGACUAUCACAGGAUCACAGCAUUGUAAUCAGUGGAUUAAAAGAUCAGUGUCUACAGUUCGUUCUUCUGCCUCUAGUUUUACUUUCACAAUAAUCAGCGAUUUGCGGUGUAUAAAAAAUUGAUUCAACUAUUGUUUAAUCGCUAUAUUAUAUUCAUUUGGUUCGUAUAACUAACGUAAAUUGCCAUGUGAAGAUAGUGCCGAGGUGGAUUGAACUUUGGCGUAGCGUAAAAUCAACAAAAUGUAUAAUUUUGUACAGAAAACGAAACUAGUAACUAAAUUUACGAUAUCAAACUGAGUUGCAGGUGGAAUGAAGCAAACGUAAUUGAGAUAAAUACAAAUGUACACGAUAAGCUA